CGACACGUGGAUCCAAGAUGGCGGCAGCGGGGGCGACGGAAAGGCUGAUGUGUUUGCUGAUGCUGCUUGCGCUCUUUCACGAAACAAGCUCCUUCUAUGUACCAGGUGUAGCUCCUAUCAACUUCCACCAGAAGGACCCCGUAGAAAUCAAGGCUGUGAAGCUCACCAGUUCACGAACCCAGCUGCCAUACGAGUACUAUUCCUUGCCUUUCUGCCAACCCAACAAGAUAACGUACAAGGCUGAGAAUCUGGGUGAGGUUCUGCGGGGGGACCGGAUAGUAAACACGCCAUUCCAGGUCUUCAUGAACAUAGAGAAGAAAUGUGAGGUUCUGUGCAACUUUCCCAACAAGCCAGUCACCCUGACAGUGGAACAGAGCAAGCUGAUUGCAGAGCGUAUCCGGGAGGAUUACUAUAUCCAUCUUAUUGCUGAUAACUUGCCUGUGGCCACGCGGCUGGAGUUCUAUUCGAAUCGUGAGGAGGAGGAGAAGAAGAAGGAAAAAGACGUGCAGUUUGAGCAUGGAUACAGGCUUGGUUUCAUGGACAGUAAUAAGUUCUACCUGCACAACCACCUCUCCUUCAUCCUUUACUACCACAGAGAGGAGGUGGAGGAGAAUCAGGAGCCCACCUACAGGGUUGUGCGGUUUGAAGUGGUUCCCCAGAGCAUUAAACUUGAAGAUCUGAAGGCAGAUGAGAAGGGCACUUGUAUGCUGCCUGAAGCUGCAGGCUCAGCCCCUCAGGAGAUAGAUCCCACUAAGAAGAACCAGCUGCUCUUCACCUACUCUGUCCACUGGGAGGAGAGUGACAUUAAAUGGGCUUCUCGCUGGGACACCUACCUGACCAUGAGUGAUGUGCAGAUCCACUGGUUUUCCAUCAUUAACUCAGUCGUGGUUGUCUUUUUCCUUUCAGGUAUUCUCAGCAUGAUCAUUAUCCGCACUCUCAGGAAGGACAUUGCCAACUACAACAAGGAAGAUGACAUUGAAGAUACAAUGGAGGAAUCUGGUUGGAAACUUGUGCAUGGAGAUGUCUUUAGGCCUCCACAAUAUCCCAUGAUUCUCAGCUCACUACUGGGCUCUGGAAUUCAACUCUUUUGCAUGAUCCUGAUAGUUAUCUUUGUUGCCAUGCUGGGGAUGCUGUCGCCUUCUAGCCGGGGCGCCCUGAUGACUACAGCCUGCUUUCUCUUCAUGUUCAUGGGGGUUUUUGGUGGGUUCUCUGCUGGCCGUCUUUAUCGGACGCUGAAAGGCCACAGAUGGAAGAAAGGCGCCUUCUGUACGGCAACCCUGUACCCUGGUGUAGUCUUCGGGAUCUGCUUUGUCCUGAACUGUUUCAUAUGGGGGAAGCACUCCUCUGGAGCGGUUCCUUUCCCCACCAUGGUGGCCCUGCUCUGCAUGUGGUUCGGUAUCUCCUUGCCCUUGGUCUACCUGGGAUACUACUUUGGAUUUCGCAAACAGCCAUAUGAUAAUCCUGUGCGGACCAAUCAGAUUCCAAGGCAGAUCCCGGAGCAGAGGUGGUACAUGAACAGAUUCGUUGGGAUUCUUAUGGCUGGCAUUCUCCCUUUUGGAGCCAUGUUCAUUGAACUGUUCUUCAUCUUCAGUGCGAUCUGGGAGAACCAGUUCUAUUACCUCUUUGGCUUUCUCUUCCUGGUUUUUAUAAUCCUGGUGGUAUCCUGCUCCCAAAUCAGCAUCGUUAUGGUGUACUUCCAGCUGUGUGCUGAGGAUUAUCGCUGGUGGUGGAGGACCUUCUUGGUUUCUGGAGGAUCUGCCUUCUAUGUACUGAUUUAUGCCAUCUUUUACUUUGUGAAUAAGCUGGAUAUCGUUGAGUUCAUUCCCUCCUUACUCUACUUUGGCUACACUGCUCUCAUGGUCCUGUCUUUCUGGCUCCUCACUGGCACCAUUGGCUUCUACGCAGCCUACAUGUUUGUCCGUAAGAUCUACGCUGCGGUGAAAAUAGACUGAAGAUGCACAGACUCAGCACAAAGCAGACACCUCUGUGUGCAUUUCCUCCUGGAAAGGAAGAGGGGGAUCCUUUCCCAGUUUUUUUAAGGAAACAAAACCCAAUGGGGGAGUGACGAGAGAAAUAAAUAACUCCUGCUCAUUUUGGAAUGUAACUUUUGGCACAGCGUACACGGAUUCUGGGGCUACUUCUGGGGGGAGGGGUGUGUAGAUACCUUGCAUUUUAAGUUUAUUAUUUUAUUCCAGUUUUGAGGGAUUUUUAGCAGAAAAAUAUCCCUCUAUGUAAGUAAGCCCCUUUUUUGCUCAUUCAUUCUUUUGUUUAUGUUGAAUAACGAAUGGAUUUGAGACAGCAAUGGAAACAUUUGGGAAACAUU